UAAAGGUGGUACUGCCACGUUUUAUUGUUUUCAAUCAAUGCUAAACUAAUAAAUUAAAAAAGUGCAAACAACUGUGUAUUAUUUUAUAUCUGCGAUGGAAAAUUCCGGACCUCUUAAUGGUUGGACGAAACAAGAAACUCUUAAACUUAUUGAAGAAUAUAAGAAACAUUCAAUUCUGUACAAAUUUGACCAUCCCGACCAUUUGAAGUCGAAUAAAAAAAAGGAAGCCCUUAUGGCAAUAGUUGAUGCUUUAAAGUUUCUAAAACCAAAUGUUACUGAAAACUCAAUUAAGACAAAAUUCAAAACCUUGAGGCAUCAAUUAGCUAGUGAGAAAAAGAAAAUUGAUAAUUGUACUAAAACAAAUGAGACUUUUGAUGGAUCUCAAUAUAAGCCAACCCUGUGGUGCUAUGACGAGUUAUCCUUUUUAUUGAAUGUGAAUGACGAACAACCUCCUUUAAUGACAGCAUUGAACACAACGUCGACGUCAUCGAUAAAAUUCAAAAAUUUACGGAUAUUCAAUGAGAGCCAGUUUGAGGAUUUGACAACAGAGGACUCGGAACAGUUUGUAAGGAAAAAAAGAAUCAGACAAGACUCUGAAAUUGAUACAUUUCAAAUGACCAUCAACAAGUCUAUGGAUAUUAUAGAAAGAAUCACAGCUCCAAAAGUCAUAUCCAAAGAAGAAGCAUUCUGUCAAUACCUCAGCACAGAACUUAGAGCUUUAAAAUUUGAAGAAAGCUUUGACGAGUUUAAAAUGUCCGCCAUGAUUCUAUUGCAAAAUGUUAAAGCAAACGAAAAAAAAACUAUUUCAAAGAAUAGUUAUGUGUGGAGAGAUAAAGGUUCUCCAGUUCUUUCUCAAGCAGCAACAGCAGUUGCAGAAGCUCCUGUUUCUAUGCCAAUUCCUAUUCAGUAUACUAAAAGGAUUGACAGUGCAUCAAGUUCUGGUUCUGUAAGGUAUUCAAGGAAAAGGACAAGAAGUUCUUCUCUGGAUUCAAUAUUAGAUGAAGACUUAAGUAAUCACUUUGAUGAUGAUGUUGUAGUCGUAUGCGAUGUGGACUUUCCUAAACCAAACUUCAAAUGUGAACCUGAAGUCGAUUUGUGAAUUUUGUUUUAUUUCCUGUCACUCAAAAAAAUGAAAAAAUUAAUUUUAACGUUUAACGCUUUGUUUUACAUUUCUUCCGUAUCAAAUCUUUGGGAGCAUAAUUAUUAAUUUAUAAAUAACCAUUUGUAUGUUCCUGUGUUGCUGCUAUUUUAACUCCAUAGAAGAACAAGAAGAAUGGAAAAUUUGUCCUCCUCAUCCCUAUACAAAGAUGAAGAUCAGUACCCCGAAGAGGAGUACGACUUUAUUGAUGAACCUCAAUAUGCAGGAAUCACAGCGACCUGGCUUCGUAAAGCCAUAGCAAUUCUCUCGCAAGUGGCAGAAUCAAGCUGCCACAAAAAGUUCAAAUCUGCUGUCAAAAUCCAAAGUCUAUUUCGAGGAUGGCACAUGAGGAAAAAAAUUGCCUUAUGGAAUGAAGCAGCUAUCAAAAUUCAAAAAAUCUGGCGUGGGUUUCACGGCCGUUCGUUAUUUUUCCAAAUUCUAGAAUCAACAACUCAACGACGAAUCAAUGAAUAUCAUAAUAAGUCAGCAAUUAUCAUUCAAUCGACUUUUCGUGGUUACUUUUCAAGGAAAUAUAUCCAUGAUCAUUUGAAACUGAAACAACUUCAGUUGGAAGUAACUACUGAGUUACUCAAAUGUGUGGCACUACAAACACGAAAACUUUUCAAACAGCAACAUCUUCCGGGAGUUUAUUCUUUACGAAAUUCCAAGUGUGAAAAGAACGUUAACAAAAUGUUGACUUUGCUUCAAGUGAAAACUUACAAUGAAAAAGUAAGAAAGUCUCUAGAGAAAGAAAAGUUGCUUAAAGAAGCUUUUAAAAAAUCCAUACAAUCAAACGAUAUGACCCCAAUUCCUUUUGGAAUUUGUGAAAACUUUGCUGAUGCUGAGGACCAGGAAGAUAAUUUAACAACGUCAGCUAAAAAAGAAAUAGAGCCCUAAUUUGUUAUAUUAUUAAUUCCAACACAAAAUCUAUAAAUUUAUUAAAUUCUUUUUAACUUUGUGGUUCUUAUUAGGAAUUUUUAAGCACAUUUCUUACUUAAUAAUAUUUUAAAUUUAAUGUGAAAGUAAAUCUGUCUGUCUGUU